AUGCAACAACAUCAUGUAACAUCAUAUGUAACAUCAUCAUGUAACAUCAACAUGUAUCAUCAAAAUGUAACAUCAACAUGUAACAUACUCAUCAAUCAUCAUCAUGUAACAACAGCAUGUAACAUCAGAAUUUUACAUCAUCAUGUCACAACAACAUGUAACAUGAAAAUAUAUCAUCAACAUGUAAGAUCCUCAUGUAAUAUCAUCAUGCAUCAACAUCAUGUAAUAUCAGUAUAUAACAUCAUCAUGUAUCAUCAACAUAUAACAACAAAAUGUAACAUCAACAUGUAA